UCUGAUUUUCCUCUCCCUUCGGUUUCGCCAUUCAUUCCUCUCUUCGACCACAACCAAUUUCCAGCCCUAAUUUUAGUCUUAACCAAAAUCCCCCCAAAUUUUCCUCAAAUAAAACCCUAAUUCUCUUCUUCUUCAUCAUCAUCUUCUUCUCCAAAAUUUCUUCCUCAGAAUUUUCAUGUUUUGAUUCCCCCCUCGAACGAUUUCAUCGAGGGAGAGCGAAAAUGAAGAACAGAAACUAAAUCCCCCAACCCAAACCCGAAACCCUUCAAUUUCUCAUCCUCAAUCUUCUUCAAUUCAUCGAUGGAUUCUACGGAAGCAUCAUCAGCAAUGGAUUCUACAACAACGCCGAAGAUCUCAACUUUGAAUGUAAACCCUAACAAUGGUUCGUAUAUCAGUAAAUUAAUGAAUGGGAAUGUUGUUCCUUCAUCUUGGUUUGAGAUCAGAUUAUUUUAUGUUAGAAUAUCUCCAUGUUUAAUUGAUAAAGUGCCUGAAUAUCUUAAAAUUUGCCAUCUACGUCGUGAAAUUGGAGUUUCGUUAGAGAUUAAUGGUUCUAGAAUACCGUCAUCUGAUACUGUAUCAUUGAAAUUACGUAGAGAUCGUAUCGAUAAGGAGACGAGUGAAGUUACAUAUGUUAGUACUGAUAGUGUUAGAGUAAUGGGUUCUAUUGAAUUUGAAGUUUAUGAGAAUGAGAAUGUUGUUAUCUUGUGUGGGUCAUUGGAAAGAAUGGAAUCUCCAUGGGGUAAUGGUAAUAAUCAUCAAGGAUUGGAGAAUGAUUCUAAGACUGGAUGGAGUAUGGAUUGUUGUACGACGGCUGCAGCGGUGAAUUCUACGGGUUCGUCUGCGUUUUAUCAACCUAAACUUGGGAUAUCUUCGCCAUCAAUUGAGGUUUAUGUUGCUGGGUGUUGUUCUGGUACUCCUUUGAUUCUUACAAAGACUAUCAAUCUUAGUCCUAGGAGGAAGCCUCCUAGACAUGGUGCUCUUGAUGCGAUUCCGGAGGAUGAGGAAACUGAAAGGGUGCAGCACAAUACAAACGGUGUAGUUCGUCACAGGAAGGUGCAGGUCUCAGAUUCUGAAGCUGACGAAUAUGAUUCAGAAGGGAAAAUCAUCCCACAUGAUUACUAUCCUCAAGAUGCUUACUACGAUGAAGAUGGUCAACUCUCAUGGUUCAAUGCAGGUGUCAGAGUCGGUGUAGGGAUUGGUUUGGGAAUGUGUCUUGGUAUUGGAAUUGGUGUUGGUCUCCUCAUGCGCUCAUACCAAGCUACAACCAGAAACUUCAGGAGAAGGUUUAUCUGAAUCUUGCCCUCAGAAAUACCUGUUUGUGUUUCAACAAAAGAAUCAAGCUCUGAAAAACACGCAAGUUAUGAGCUUUGCAAAAGACGAGUCAAGAGUGUGACUGUUUGGGUAUCAAAGUUUUGUUAAAAGGGGUUGGAGGGCUGUACAGCUUUAAUGGUUGGAUCAAGGUUCUUUGCUUCAGUGAAGGUAUCUCUCGCCAAGGAUCUGCCAUUCUCUUCCAUCUCAUCCGUGUAGGUAAAUGUAAGCACUUCUCUUUGACGAUAAAAAUGUCUAGUUUUCAUUUUGAUGAGGUAAUUGUAAAAAAUAAGAAGAUUUGGUUAGUAGAGUUCCACCCGAUGAGCAGAGCCACAAGAGGGGGGAAAAAAACUUUCUACACCAUGACUCCACUAUAGACUAUAGAGGUAUUUGUUUUUGGUUCGGGAAUUAGUGUAAGCUUUGUGAGUGCAGGUGUUCGCUGCUGUUAUAGAUAUAUCCAGUUGUGAUCUUUCAAAUCAUAUAUAUAAUGUCAAGUAGAUUUUGUGUUCAAAAAGUU